AACAGCUCUGCUCUUCCCUCACCGAUUCCGGUCCAAAUUCCGUUUAAUGGGCGCGGAAGAUUAAAAAAACGCGGGAGUUUAGUCAUGAAAGCAUUGUCAUCAUCAUCACUGCUGGGUUCUUAUUGCUCUUCUAUCAAUUCCAGUUUUUGUUUCGGCUUUUCCAACCAUUACUCGUUCAAUCCUAAUCUAUCCAUUCGCAAGAAGAAGAGGAACUAUUUGCCUCGAAUAAACAGUCUUAAUGCUGUUGUUAAAGGAGGAGAAUCAGUUGAUGGAUUUUUUGUUGUAGAUGAUGAUCUUCAAGCACUAUUUGGGAUUUUACCAGAAGAUUUGCGAAAUAAUCUACAAAAUGAUCCAAAAAGAGGACAACUUAUAGAGGUUAUAUUAGAUUUAGGUCGUUAUCCUGAAGCACGUUUUCUUGGUGAAUCUGGUGGACAUUAUUUGAGGAAUACUGAGGUGUCGAUGAAAGAGUUGGAAGAAGCUCAAAGUGUUGUUGGAGAAUUUGGAGGGGAUAAUAGGGCAGGUAUUGAAGGUACAUUGCAUAGGAUAUCUGCAAUUAGGAGUCGAAAAGGGUUGAUUGUUGGUUUAACUUGUAGAGUUGGAAGAGCUAUUAGUGGUCACAUUGAUAUGGUUCAUGAUCUUCUUCAGUAUGGAGAGAGCAUCUUGUUUCUUGGGAGGCCUGGAGUAGGCAAGACUACUGUCAUGCGUGAGAUGGCUCGUGUACUGGCGGAUGAACUUCACAAACGAGUGGUGAUUGUAGACACCAGCAAUGAGAUAGGAGGUGAUGGUGAUAUUCCCCAUUCAGCAAUUGGGGGUGCACGGAGAAUGCAGGUUCCAGAGCCAUCCAUGCAGCACAAAGUCAUGAUUGAGGCAGUAGAGAAUCACAUGCCUGAGGUGAUCCUAGUUGAUGAAAUCGGUACUGAAGCAGAAUCCCUUGCUUGCCGUUCUAUUGCAGAAAGAGGGGUGAUGCUCAUCGGCACUGCUCAUGGGGAAGUGCUCGUGAAUAUAAUUAAGAAUCAUAUUCUCUGUGAUCUGAUUGGUGGAGUGGAAACUGUUACUUUAGGAGAUGAUGAAGCACGAGCUAGACGUUGUCAGAAAACUAUUCUUGAAAGGAAAGGUCCUCCAACAUUCCCUUUCCUGAUUGAGAUGAGGGAAAGAAAUUACUGGGUAACACAUCGGACAGAAAGGAGUGUUGAUAUGUUACUGCAUGGGAAAAAGCCAUUGGUUGAGGUUAGAAAGAGGGAUGAUCAGUUCAAGGUUGUGAUAGAGAGAUGGAAAGCAUAUGAUGGAGAUGGGAUUUAAAUUGCACGUGUCAUCUAUCGAAAAGAAGUAGGCACCACUGGCUAGUUUAGUAUCAUGUUGAACACUCAUGAGUGUCUUGUCAAGCACUCGUCAUUUGUAUCCAGGGAGGGCUAGCUGGUAUCCCAUUCCGUUUGAAAAGUGCAGUCUCGAUAAGCACCAUGGGCAGUUGCUGGAUGGCACAAUUUGAGGGAAAGAAGAUGAUAUGUCUGUUUUUCUGUAAAUGCAUUGUAAUCUGUAUCUGUAAUUUUUGUAGAUUAAUCUGUAUUCUCGUAGUGUUUGUGGUACCUUAGGAGCCACUGUCGUAACCACACUUAUUUCUUCAUGUUGUUAUGUAACCCCCUUAUCUUCUAUUUUGAAUUCAAUGCUUCUUCAUUAUAAUGUUAAUCCAUCAUAUCUACCC